CUCUUCGUCAUCCCGCUAUUUUGUCAUGUUUGCUCAAGUUUAGACAUCUUUGUCUGGACAACACCAACAGCUCCCCUCGAUAGCACCAAGCUCAUCAUCCACUACAAACCCCGAAACACUUUAUUAUGGACGUCUAAUUGUCUCAAGUUCUUGUGAAUCCCGAAAGCCACAAUACUGUAAUCUUCCACAACCUCGUUCUUUCUCCAUACACUCGCUCCAGGCACAAGACAACAUGGCGUGUAAACAUCUCGAAUCUUUGGAGCUGCGCCCGCCAGGCCCAAAUCAAGCUGUCUACCGUGAAGACUGCACGCAGUGCUUUGAUUCUAUUGAUGACUCGACGGGGCUAGAUGUUUGCCUCUAUUGCUUCAAUGGGGGGUGCACCGGCGACAGGAACCAUAGCAAGCUCCAUUAUGCCAGGUCACAGCACCCCCUCGUUCUCAACAUCCGCCGGACCAAGCGAGUAAUUGUUCGAGAUGAACCCAGGCAAAAGAUGUCGAAGCUCGCCAUAACCGCAGAAACAGAAGCCGAUCGUUUUGAUACCCAUUUGGUUGUUCGCUGCUACGAAUGCGGGAUUGCUGAUGUGGAUACAACUUCAGCCCUGAUCGCAUCGGUUGUCGGUGGAGUCAUGAAGGCAAACACAUUUUCUAGACAAGAAGAAGUCAAAGCAUGGGAACAGGAAAUCACGUCUUGCGAGCAUGUCCUUACGCUCGCCCAGGAACCGGCACGAGCGAUCGAGUCUCAAAACCUUGGCCACUGCUCAAUGUGCAACUUGCAGGAAAACCUUUGGUUAUGUCUCCAGUGUGGGAACUUGGGUUGUGGCCGAUCCCAGUUUGGCGGGGUUGGCGGGCAGUCUCACGGCUUGGCACACGCCGAUGCAUCGCACCACGCUGUUGCCGUCAAGCUGGGAUCAAUCACCCCUGAAGGCACGGCCGACGUGUACUGUUACCAGUGCGACGAGGAGAGAGUCGAUGAGCAUCUCGGGAAGCAUCUAGCCCACUGGGGCAUCAUUCUUGCUGAGCGCCAGAAGACAGAAAAGAGUCUCACGGAAAUGCAGAUUGAGCAGAAUCUUAGGUGGGAAUUUUCAAUGACCACCGAGGACGGCAAGGAGCUCAAGCCAUUAUUUGGACCUGGUCUAACGGGUCUCAUGAACCUUGGCAACAGCUGCUAUUUGGCCAGUACAGCCCAAUGCCUCUUCUCGCUGCCUCAGUUUCAAAAACGAUACUUCCACCCCAAUGAAGCACCCUCACAAGUUCAGGAGCCGGCACAAGACCUUGAGACCCAAUUGCGAAAGAUCGCCGAUGGCCUUCUCUCUGGCAGAUACUCAAAGCCCGAUUCAGACGUCAUUGCAUCGGAGUACUCGGCAGAGAUUCCUUGUCAAAAAGGCCUCGCCCCAGCAAUGCUGAAACAUCUAGUUGGUCGUGGGCACGUCGAGUUUUCAACAAUGCGCCAGCAGGAUGCCUUUGAGUUCCUGCUGCAUCUCUUCAAGCUCAUCAAUCGAUCUCAGCAUCCGCCCGCAUUAGGCGACCCAACAGAUGCAUUCCGAUUCGUCAUGGAGCAGCGACUGCAAUGCCUGUCAUGUAAAAAAGUUAGGUACAGCACGGAAGAGCAGGAUAACAUUUCGGUCCCACUUCCUGUCCGAAAGAUUGAGCGGAAAGCCGGUGAAGAACCAUCUGCAUCUGCAGGGGAAUACGAGCCUGUCACGUUCAAGGAAUGCCUGGACAGCUUUACUGCAGAGGAGGUUGUCGAAUUAACCUGUGUCUCCUGUGGAAGCAAGGACGGCUUUACCAAAAGAUCCCUUUUCAAAACGUUCCCCGCCGUCCUAGCCGUCAACGCUCGGCGAAUCAUGGCCGUAAACUGGGUGCCGACGAAGGUGGACGUCCCAGUUAUCGUCGGCGAUGAUCCUAUCACCCUAGAUAGCUACAAGUCGCUCGGGAAACAAGACACGGAGGAGCUCAUGCCGGAAGAUGCAGCAAGCGCCCAACCAUCCUUCACCGCAAACCCAGAAGCUCUCGCAAACCUGGAGCAGAUGGGAUUCCCCGCCGCUCGCUGCGAGAAGGCGUUGCAUGCGACUGGCAACACUGACGCGAACGCAGCUAUGGAAUGGCUAUUUGCUCAUAUGGAGGACCCCGAUAUCGACGAGCCGCUGGUUCUUGCGAGCUCUGCUGGACCAGCAGCCCCUGUGGAUGCGGAGAAACUCGAAAACCUUGGCAAUAUGGGGUUCAGCCCAAAUCACGCCCGUAAAGCUCUGAAGGAAACUGGGGGCGACAUGGAGCGAGCUGUUGACUGGCUCUUUAGUCACCCGGAUGACCAGGGCGAUGCUGAUGAGGGUGGACAGGCUGCGGAUACGGGUCGCUCGAAUGAGACGCCUGGUUCUGACGCUUUGCCUGCUAGGUUUGAGCUCCAGUCGAUUAUCUGCCAUAAGGGGGGCAGCAUCCACGCUGGUCAUUAUGUGGCCUUCAUUAGGCGGCAGCUUGAACAGGAGAAGGCCAAGUCAUGGGUCCUCUUCAACGAUGAGAAGGUUGUCGAGGCGGACAAUAUGGAGGAGGUGAAGAAAUUCGCCUAUGUAUAUUUCUUGGAGCGCUUGUAGCUAUCUCCUGGGAGGUUUAGUUACCAAACGUCAGCGUAAACUGCGCUUCUGCUGGGGAUGCUACUUGACUAGAAUAUGAUAAGCUAUUGGCCCAUGAGUGUAUUAUUCUGACGGGGCGGUUGAUUCUGUCAUCAAGAGGAAGUGAUGUUUGGUCUUGCUACGUGAUAAGAUACUAAAACUAUUGCUAAUACCACAAUUAAACGAAGAUACUCGAUUGCGACAGCCUGUAGCACAGGGGCUAUGGUUGUAACAUCCAGUCCAAUUUUACCAUUUAAAUAAUAUUGUCUUCACAAGUUCAAAUAAG